CAAGACCUGGAGCAGGUGUUGGUUCCCUUGUCCUGUUGAAGGGCAUGCUUCAUGCCCAGAGAGUAUCUGGAGUGGACCUGGAAGGCUUCUUCGGCCCUGUGAGGGCUGAUGACAGACAGGCUGGGGCAGAACACCAUGUUGGCUGUCAGCCUGCUGAGGGACAGAUCUGGGAGGGAAGGGCAGCCCAGAGACUAGCCAGUUGGGAAAGUUCACGAAGCCUGGUUUCAUCAUGCAGCCCAGGAGAAUUCCCGUGGCAUUAGGUCACCGUCUUCUGCUGGCCCUCCCGAGAUUCCCUGUGCUGGGGUGACCGUGCUGGGUCUUCACAGAACCUCAGGCAGCCAGCUCUGCCCCGUGAGCCUGGGCUCCACCAGUGGGCUCUACCCUGAGAGGCGUAAGAAAUGUUUCCCUUGGGUCUGGCCCAGGCACCCCAGCCCACGUGGUGGUCAAAUGACUCCCUGGUAGAUGUGGGGUGUGGCAGGUGGAGGGCAGUGGGUGUCUGAGGAGGUUGCCGACUCAGCUCCAAACAGCUCCUUUUCCUGCCCUCAGUGGGACACAUUCCCAGACCUGUAUUUUGGUUAGUGUGACAGGGCCCCAGAGUCAUCUGGCCUGGGCACAAGUUCUGUCCUUCCCCACCCCCAAGAGAGAGCUCUCCCAUAAAAGGGCUGAGCGCUCUGCUUGCUUCGCUGGGCGUGCAGAGAGUGAGGGGGGACCAUGGACUUCAUCAGCAUUCAGCAGUUGGUAAGUGGAGAAAGAGUUGACAGGAAAGCGUUGGAGUUUGGACAUGGAGUUCCUGAUCCUGGAGGCUGGCCUAGUGGCUGGAGGCUGGGACCCCAAGAGGCCGUGGCCCGGGAGAAACUGAAGUUGGAGGAAGAGAAGAAGAAGAAAAUGGAAAGAUUUAACAGCUCCAGACUGACUCUGGACAAUCUGACGGACUUGGAAAACUUGGUACAAAGACGAAGAGAAAAACGACUGAGACACAAAGUCCCCCCCAGGGAGCCUGAGCCCGUGAUUGAGCGGCAGCCCCAGGUCCCACUGGAGCCUGUGGACCUGGAAACGUUCCUGAAGGCAGCAGCUGAGAACCAGGAGGCCCUGAUCGACAAAUUCCUGACAGAUGGAGGGGACCCCAAUGCCCACGACAAGCUCCACCGCACAGCCUUGCACUGGGCCUGUCUGAAGGGCCACGGACAGCUGGUGAACAAGCUGCUGGCGGCAGGGGCCGCUGUGGAAGCACGGGACUUGCUGGGCAGGACGCCUGUGUUCUGGGCCUGCCGGGGAGGACACCUGGACAUCCUCAAACAGCUGCUUAACCAGGGAGCGCAGGUCAAUGCACAGGACAAGAUCUGGAGCACCCCUCUGCACGUGGCAGUGCGCAUGGGCCACUCUGACUGCCUGGAGCACCUCAUUGAGUGUGGCGCCCACAUCAAUGCACAAGAUAAGGAAGGGGACACGGCACUCCACGAGGCUGUGCGCUAUGGGCACCACAAAGCGACGAAGCUGCUGCUGCUCUAUGGAGCCAAGCUGGGCAUGAAGAAUGUGGCCUCCCUGACACCAGUGCAGCUGGCACGAGACUGGCAGCGGGGUAUCCGGGAAGCACUGCAGGCCCACGUGGGGCACCCCCGCACCCGCUGCUGAUGGGGACCUGUAAAUUGCUCCUAGCCGCCAUUCCACGCCCACCUCCACCCCUAAGUGGUUCUCUGCCCCAGCCCCAAUUUCUCUCUGGCUCUGCCUCCCUGGGCCUAAGGCAGCAGGUAGAGCGGGCCUCCUGGGUUUCGGUGAGGAAGACUGUUCCCUGCCAGGGCUGGAGCAGAGGACCUCAGGGCAGCAGGAAACAAAGUGGGUCCAGAUGAGGGCUGAGGCCAGGGCAGGAAGAGGCCAGGGCAGGAAGCGAGCAGCCCAGCACUCCCCUAGGCAGGGUCAGGGCCUCUGGCUACCCAUCCCUAGACCAGGAGACCGGCCUUGGCCUGCUCUGGAAGUAGAGUCAGCUGUGGCCAGCAGCUGCAUCCAGGGCGUGAGACAGGAAACAAUAGGCUACCUACGUGCCAGGCACUGGUGCCGUGCCCUGCUGCCCUCUGAGCAGCGUUUCUCCGGGGACUUCAUUCCUAUCAGUAGCAACCCUGAUAGUGUCUGGAGGACUUCUAGCCAUCUCUAGUCUCCAGAGCUCUGAAGGGGGGGGGUUUCUGGCAGGCUGAGGGGCAUGCCAACAGGACUUAGGCACCACAGAAGUCAGUACCUACCAGGUUGCCCCAGAAGCUGGAGACUGAGAGCUGGAACUCUGGGGAAGCGCCACCCAAGGGCUUCAGGCAUCCUCGCUCACCACUCUAAGUGGGGGUAGAGUGCCAGGUGCUAGGGAUUGCUCGUGGCCCACCCAACUCUUGGGGCGGUGGCCCGCAACCCCAGCUUGCUUACCCUGGUACUGAAGAUGCCCUGCGCACUGAAGAGCUCUGCACCUUGCCAUGGAUGGUGACUGUAGUAGCUGUACCUCCCCAGUCCCCCGUGCCAAGUGCUGGUGUAACGAGGCCUUCACAGGGCUCCCACGUGGCUCCUUUCCCUUCAGCUGUUUCCAGCUUCACUCGUGUAGACCUGUACUACUGGCAGGGCUGGCUCCUUAGAUGCCAGAAAGUCGAGGCCACGGGCUGAGCGAAGGGCUAAAGGCUGGAGGCCUCACCUCCCAUGCAGAGCCCUGAGCCGACGGCCAUCUUGCAGCAGUUAUUUUCAGUCUACUCUUGGCAGCCUCUCCGGCCCUGGUUAGGAAGAACCUGACUCGUGCUCCCUCCUAGGGGCACAUACCUUUCCAUAGGCAGGCUGUGUCCUGUCGUGCCAGCUCGUGGGCACGACGCUGGCAAGUGGGCAACACAGACAUUCAAGACUACUCACUACGACGACGACGACUCAGAAAUGAGGACAUUUAAUUGACACACAAAGCCACCUUUUUCUACCGAUUACUGUUUUCUCAUUAAACUGAUUAUCCAUCA